UAUACGAUCCUCCAUACGAUCUGAACCUGUACCAAAUAAACUAUUGGAAAAGACGUUUGAUUUGUCUUAUUGGCUUACACGAUCCAAGUUCACCGGUGCGCUUUAUUUAAUCGAGUGAAAUUACCUAUCAUGGCGUCCUCAGAGCCCCGUGAUUUAGAACAGGUUGUUAGAGAUGGACUAAGUACACUUGUAUUCGGCUUUGGGUACAGGGUGGGUAUAGUGGAUGGCUUUAUUAAAAUUAAACAGCCAUGUACAGCGGAGGAACUGGCUCAGAAAAUAAACAUGAAAAAAAGGUACAUCGAAGAAUGGUUGAGUUGUCUUGCGGCUGCCGGAAUUGUCCGAGUUCAUGAGAAUGAUAGAUUUUCUCUCCCCUACGAUGAAUCUGUUCUAACGACCCAGGGUCAUUUAGCCAGCAUCCUUCCAAUAUUUUGUGAAUCGAUUCCAAAACUGGAAAAGGUUAUUUGUGCAGACGGGCCUCGAGGCUACACUUUUACGGCGUCAUUCCUAAAAUUUGUGGAAGGAUGGUCAACUCCGGUAGCCAUUGAGAACUGGGUGAAAACAUCUCUUGAACCAGUCCUAAAUCUGAAUGAUGGGGACCGAUUUACACUAUUAGACUUAGGAUGUGGCCGCGGAAAGCACGCCAUACGGAUUGCAAAGCUAUAUCCAACGAGCUCUGUGUAUGGCGUAGAUAUGGACCAACCAUCAAUUGACCAAGCAAAUGUCGAGAGACAUGCAGAGGGAGUAAAUACCGUCAAUUUUUCGUGUACUAUGGGAGGAAAUCUACCAACUGAUUGGACAGAAAAGUUUGAUUUCGUCGUGAUAAACCAAGUUCUUCAUGUCGCACCGGGGAUUGACGCCCUCUUAUCGGAAGUCAAGCGCGUCCUUAAGUUUGGUGGCAUAGGGGCUGCAUAUGACCCGCCCGUAUCCUCAUGUUUCAAAAACCAGGCCAAUGACAAAAUUGCACAACAAGAACUGCCUUUUGGUUUCUUUCUAUGUCUUCCAAUGAGCCUCUCGGGUCCGUCUUGGGCGGAUGUCGGGUUAGGAGAGGGUUGGGGAUAUGAGCGCCGUAAAGCAAAAAUAGAAGAACAUGGAUUUCGCGUGAUUCCUUGUGGCGAUAUUGAUAUCAACACAGUUCAAGAGAGAAUUGUAUUUAAAAAGUAACUGUAUGCGAUGUUACGUUUAAUAUAAGAGAACGGUAAAAAACAUAUUCGCAUCAUUUAUAACCUGUAUAUGGAAUUAGGCACCUUUUUGUCCAUAUGAUGACUGAUGUAGUUGUGCAUUCAAUAUAUUCUUUACUGUGAAGAAUGUGUCAACAACACAUAAUCCGACAUAUCAAAACAAUCUAUUGUUUUAAUAAUUGCUAAACACCCCAACCCCCUUCUCUUGGCUGUGUUCCAGUAGAAUAGAGGACAGACAUGUGCCUUUAAAAGCAAAAAUGAAUGCACUGUUCAGCCAUGAUCUCUGGAAGCUUGAAAAUCACUUCCUAUAUUAUAACCCAUUUGAAAGUAAUUACUCUGAGACUCUCUCUCUCUCUCUCUCUCUCUCUCUCUCUCUCUCUCUCUCUCUCUCUCUCUCUCAUGCAUUUGUUUGGACUGACAGAAAUUACAAGAUUCAUUUAUUUUUGGCGUCUUUCAGUCCCAGCUUCCACUGCUCUUGUUGAAUGUCAAUUUAAUAUAGCUUGGAAGAUUUCAAACCCAACUGGAUUCAGUUAAAACUUGUAUUUGUAUAAGUC